CGUUGAUCCAUCUAUCAAGCAUAUCGAGGAGCUUAUACUACCCCCCCUUAAUUCUGUGACCGGGAUAGGUACAACAUGGACCCUCUCGGGAUGUCGUCCGGGGUGCCAAAUCUGCUCAUAGGCGCCAUCCAGGCCAGCAAGACUCUACAUGAGACCAUCCAGUCCUUUAGAAACUAUGAGCGGACGAUACGCGAUCUCCGUUCCGAACUCGAAUCCCUUAUAGGUGUCCUCGAGACUCUCAAAACAGUCGUCACCACCGAUGAAGGGCCCAUGAUAUCCAUGCUCAAGAUCCCGGUUCUUUGCUGUCACCAGACUUGCCAGGAUUUUAACGCCGUUAUUAUAAAAUGUACCAAACAUUCAGCUGGCUCUCGAGCGAGCUUUCGCGACUGGGCUCAGAUCAGAUAUAUGGGUGGCGAUAUUAGAGACUUUAAAGAUAUGCUGGCUGGCUAUAAAUCAACUAUUGCCAUCGCCCUUGGAAGCCUCAACAUGCAAAAUGUUCAGGUCACUCGCGAGGCACUGGAUGGGUAUCACGAGAUGAUCAGAGAAACAACAGCCGAUCUCCAGGCCCAUCUCCAGGAUAUUGAUGACAAGCUUGCCGUCAUCACAAACCACCCUCAACAAGAUACCGACCCGGCUGCAAAUGAGAGCAUCAAGCGGAUGGAAGAGGAGAAACAGAGUGCCCAGCAAUGCCUUCUGAUCUGCGAGAGCGCGAGAUCACACUUGCAGAGCUUGCAGGAUGGCUUUCAGCCUUUGGGCAUCCGGCCAGAUGAAACUCACGCAAAAACCGCAGUAGCUCUCAGCGAUGCUAGAGAUAGGAUGGUCCGCAUGAUUUCUGAUCUGCAAGGCCGGCUCAUCGCUCUCUCAGAGCAAUCGCUAAGCACCAAGGUUGUACAGCCGCGGCAGAUAGAGGAGGACCGACUUCGGCUGCUUAAGGAAAUCGAAACAGCAAGGCAGUGCCUCGAGGUCUGCAACCUGGCCGCUGAUCAGGCAUCCCGGCAAAGAGUUCACGUUUUUGGCGACGUUUCCGCCGAUGAUAACAGCCAUCAAGUCAUUGUGUCAACCGUGGGCGAUCUACUUAAUGUUAAGAGCGUGAGAGUUGACCGCUUCUCGACACAAUGGCUCGGAUCUAUGACAGAUGCCUCGUUGCAGCGGCUCUCUAGUGACCGUGCCGCCUCGUAUUCUCCCUCUGCCCCAAAAGAAGAUGAUCCAGCUUUUAGGGGGAAAUACGGACUUGGACACAAGCUGCAGGAGAAGGGGUUAAGUGUCAAGCAGAGCUCUCCGACUAGAUAGGGAGCAGUUUAUAUCUACUAUAUCUAUUACAUCUGCUAUAUCUACUAUAUCUAUUACAUCUACUAUAUCUACUAUAUAUAUUACAUCUACAU